AUGCAGCACAUGCGCGACCUGAACACGGGUGCUGGCGAGGCCGUAUGGGUCGAGGCGGAGGCACCUAAGAACCAGGGCAAGGGAAAGCAGACCCAGUCACUCGAGGAUGCGAUCCGCGGGCUCGAUGUCAAGGACGACCCCAGCUCGCUCGGUGACGAUGCGCGCUUUGCACAGGGUCUGCCAAAGGCCAACUAUCAGUCCCAGCAGGACGUCCCUGACGCCAUUGCUGGUCUUCAGCCCGACAUGGACCCGCGUCUUCGAGAGGUUCUCGAGGCCCUUGACGACGAGGCUUAUGUCGAGGAAGACGACGACAUUUUCCAGGAGCUGGCAAAGGACGGACGGGAGAUUUCUCAGUACGAGUUUGAGGAUCAGUUCGGCGAGGAAGACGAUGGCUGGGAGUCGGACCACACGGCCAAGCCGAACAAGGAGUACAACGACGAUGCUGUACCUGAGCUCGUCACCGUAGAUGGCGCAGAGCCUACGGCAGCUGAUCAGAACGAGGACUGGCUGGAGGAUUUCAAGCAGUUCAAGAAGGACCAGAAGAACCCUGGCGUCAAGCCUCGUGGUGCGGCAGUGGAUCCGUCCGAGGUUCAGUCGUCUAUGUGGACCACGACAACGAUGGGCGGUCGUCGCAAGAAGCGCAAGGGAGCGCUGACCAACCCUUCGUCUUACUCGAUGACUUCGUCGUCCAUGGUCAGGACGGAGCAGUUGACCCUCCUGGACGCUAGGUUUGACAGGAUAGAGGAGGAGUACACAAGCGAGAUGGGUGGAGGGGACGACCUUGGCUCUGUUUCAGCCGUGUCCGCCAUGUCGAGUGUGCAAGGCGAGACUCGUAACGAUUUGGACAAUAUUUUGGACGACUUUUUGGGUAAAUUCACAAAGCCUGGCAAGCGCACGAACAAGAAGGCGCGGCCCCAGACUGGCCUCGAGCAGCUAGACGAGAUCCGGAGGGGUUUGGGACCUGCACGUCUGCGGCCUCAAGGCUACAGGUAA